AUUUCUUGCUAGUUAAAGCCAAACAAUUUAAAUGACAAAUCGAAAAAAACUUUGAAAAAGAAAAGAGAACCAAUGGAGAAAUUCUGUAACUAUCUCAACAAACAUUAAACCACACAAAAAUCAUAGUAUACUACUAUAAUGUCGUAUCCAUAGUUACAUUUUUUCUUUAAAUAUAAUUUCCCCUCUUCGCUGGCUUCUUGUUAUUCGGAUAUACCGAUGCUUUUUUGCUCCACCAUUUCCCUUUUUCCUCUGGAAUUUCCACUGGUUUUUUUUUAUUUUUUUUUUUGUGUCUGAUUCGUUGAUUGUAUCCCCGUAAACCAUGUAUAUAUACGAAAUCACAGAAUUGAAGUUUAGGGUCUGAAGAGGAAAUGGUACAAGUUACUUUUACAUGGCGCUAUGGUGGUACUCAAGUUUUUCUUUGUGGUUCCUUUAAUGGAGUUGAUAAUUUCGCAUAGUUGAGUGAACUUUUGAGAUAUUUACUCAAUAUGAGUGGUGCAGCUGGAGUGAGCAGAUACUGAUGAAUUUGGUGGAAGGUUCGGCCGUCGUUUUUCAGAGGAAUGUUGAUCUUCCACCAGGAUAUCAUAAGUACAAAUUCUUGGUUGAUGGCAUCUGGCAAGUCGACCAGGAAAAGCUUUGUGUUCAGGAUGAGUAUGGUGCAAUCAACAACUUAGUAUUUGUGAAGGACACGGAUUCCACGCCUUCUGCCUUACCGAGAGAGGAUGCUCAGUCGAUGAUGGUCUCGGGUUUUGCUAGAAAUAUGUAUUUAGAGGCUUCAUCAUCACGCGGACUACAGCUUAAACCAGUCAUGCAGUUGUCAAACAAUGAAAUAAAUGUUUCCCGCCAUCGUCUAUUCAUAUUCUUGUCAUCUUUCCAAGCAUAUGAGCUGAUUCCAAGUUCAGGAAAGGUCUUUGCAUUAGAUACUGAAGUGGCUGUGAAACAGGCUUUUCAUAUCAUGUAUGAACAGGGACUUGCAGUGAUGCCUCUUUGGGAUGAGCGGAAUGCGAUGAUCUCGGGAAUGCUUACUGCUUCUGAUUUCAUUUUGAUCUUGUUGAAGCUCCACGAAGGUCAUUCAAUGCUGACCAACGAUGAUCUUGAAAUGCACACGGUUUCAGUUUGGAAAUACAGAAAAUUCCAACUGCAUGCAGAAGUGUCAGGGGCUAUGAUACCUCCAAACAGAACGGUGUUACUGCAAGCUGAUCCUGAUGAGUCACUGAAAGACGUGGCGCUAACAUUAUUACAAAAUAAGAUAUCUGCAGUUCCAGUUUUACAUUCAGCAGAAGACGGGUCAUGUUCGCAGUUGUUGCAUACUGCAUGCCUUGCUGGAAUAUUAAACCACACGUGCAGGCAUUUUAGACACUCUCUAGACUAUCUGCCUCUUCUACAACAACCAGUGGGUAAUCUUCCAUUAGGCACCUGGGCGAGAGAAGUUGGUGGAAGGGCAAGCAGCCGUGUGUUAUUGACAUUACACAGCCGAGAUCUCCUUGGUUCUGCUCUUAAAUUAUUAAUAGAAGGUGAAAUAAGCUCAAUACCCAUCAUUGAUGAUAAUGGAGCGCUUAUAAAUGUGUACUCUCGGAGUGAUAUAACCUCUUUGGCAAGAGGCAAUUUGUAUGCACGCUUUCGGCUUGACCAGAUGAUAAUGACUCAAGCCCUGGAGGUCCUAGAUGAAGCAUCCCGUGAUCGUUGUAGGACAUGCACACGUUCUGAUUCACUGUAUAAGAUAAUGGAGCUCCUUUCAGAUCCAAUUGUGCGGCGGGUUGUGAUCAUUGAUCCCAAUAGCCGGCAUGUAGAAGGCAUAAUCACUUUGAGAGAUGUGUUUAAUCUUAUUUUAGGCUGAAAUUUCUCUGGUACAAUUUCACAGGUGGGAGUAAAGUAGUACGAUGACUUGGUAAUGGCAGCUCAAUUGCUCAAAGAGAAAAGCUGUCACUAUGUCAUUUAGCUGAGUGGAAGAGCAGUGUAAAAUUGUUACACAACAAACGAAGUUCGUGUUGUCUAGGAAAAAAAAGAAUACAGAAAACCUGGACUACGAUGUAACUCAAGAAUUUCUUCUUAUUAUAGUUGAACCAGUAUAUAAGGUCCUAUUUCUACUUAUUGAAGCAAGUUUAGCAAGGAAAUCUGCCACUUGAUUUGCCUCCCUAUAACAGUGAUUAAUCUGAAUAUUUGCACGAUUGAUGUAGUUAACAGUGCUGUUGAUAAUGUGCUUAGGUUAAGGUUGUUAGUUCCUCUGUUGA